AUGAUUGAGGACUUUGCAAAUGGGUCGCACAGCUUUCUCCUUGACUGGGAAUUUGCUGUAUGGGUCAUGUUACAGGGGGAAUAUGACUUGGGCAGCACAGGCACAGUCCCCUUCCUUUCAGUGAAUACCCUUUGCCAACUCAAGGAAGCCAUCACUAAAAGUGGAAAGACUAAUGUCCCAUUGAUCCAGAAAAGCACCUCUCUCACCCACAUAUUCAUCAAUCACCCUACUACUAUACACCAUACAUUUGUGGACAAUAUUGAAUCCCUGUUCUAUGUUUUCAUCUGGAUCCUCAUCCUUUAUGAUGUGCCACUUGGCCAUGAGCAUCAAGAUAUCAGCCAUGAAAAGACACUUCUUGGCUUGUGGAGUGAAAAGGCAGCCAAAGAUCUCAAAAUUGCCAGAUGUGCCAAGUUCACAUUCCUUAAUGACCCAUCUGAAUUGAGGCUGGAUUCCAAGGUCUCACAAUAUUUUCAAGAUCUAAUCCCUCUGGCUAAUGAGUGGUGCAUAUUGCUUGAGUGGUCCCUGCUGAGUGGAACUGCAGUGCAGUUCUCUGACAUUAUCUCCCUUUUUGAUCGUUUCUUGGCCAGCAUGCCAUAUGAGAAACCACUGGAGGUGAUGAAUGCAUUCCAGCAGAUCAUUGCCCAGCACAAAGUGCUUAAUUCAAGCAUGUGUCUGAGUCAGGAGAAUGAUAUGGAUGUUAUGUCUUCAGCAAUUAUGUCUUCUAAAUGCCUUUGUGAAGAGGUAAGGAGCAUGGAUAACCCUCCUAUACCCAAUAAACGCUUCAAAGGCAUGUAG